UAUAUAUACAGCCAGGUCUCUCGCGGUGCUCCAACUGCAAACGCGGUCGCCCCGGCACGUUGCAUUUCGCGGCAGAGGCAACAGAGGUAGAGAGACGAUGAGGGAUCUGGAGGAGUUCCGGGGCUCGUCGGCGGGGCCGCCGCGGAACAAUGGCGGCGGCGGCAGCGGGGGGUCGUCGGCGGUGACCACGCCGUCGUGGUGGGCGGGCGACCCGGAGGCCAAGAGGCGGAGGAGGGUGGCCGCCUACAAGGCCUACGCCGUGGAGGCCAGGGUCAAGGCGUCGCUCCGCCGCGGCCUCCGCUGGAUCAAGGACCGCCGCACCGGCAUCGUCCACCACCGCCGGUGACCGGCCGACCGACGCCGAUCUGACAUGCUGCGGCGACAUCCUGUUCACGUCGUUGGCAUAUCAUGGCGUGUGCUUCGACCACCUCGCCGGCCCUCCUGUUCAUAAUGUUUCUGUUUUCUCCUUCAUGCAAAGUCGCCUUCGUUUCUUAUUAAUUUUGUUCCUAUGGAUGCAAGCAAAAUACGGAGAAGAAAUCAUUCAAAUAACUCGGUUUUUUCCUCGACGA